AAAUGGUCAACCAACACAUCCAUCACCCUCGACGCUUCAAUCAACUGCCUGACGAUUGAUCAUUUCUAUAUACACCAUCUACUCCUCAACUUCCCAAUCACCCAAAACCAGCCUUCCGAGAUGUCAACUCCCUCUCUUCGCUCGGUCAUCGGAGUCCCCAACUCAACAGCAUCGGUCAAAGACUCCGUUCUUGUCAUCAUCGACGCUCAAGACGAAUACAUCUAUGGUAUCCUACCUGCUCAAGACUACAAGGAGGUUAACGUCGCCAUCUUCAGCCUCCUCGAAAAAUACCGAAAGCAAAACGGCCACGUCAUCCACGUCCUGCACAACACGGGCGAUGACGAAGCAGCUAUCUUCAAGCCUAAUGGCAAGCUCACCAAGGAGAUGGACGGCGUCGAAGCUAUCGACGGCGAGCCUGUCGUGUGGAAGAAGCACGCUGGAUCUUUCUCUGAGACAGAUCUAGCAGAGGUUGUUAAGAAGACUGGGCUUAAGAAACUUGUUCUUACGGGAUACAUGGUACAUGGGUGUGUGUCGAGUACCGCUCGCGAGGCGACUACUUUGGGAUACGAGGCUCUUGUUGUGGAAGACGGUGUUGGUCAGCGCGAUAUGAAGGAUAUUCCCGCUGCGCAGGUUAAGAAGGUUGCGUUGACGGAGAUUGAUGAUAUGUUUGGUACGGUUGUGAAGGCUUCGGAGAUUAAUUAG